ACACGGGAGCUCUGUCUGGUGGAGUCAUAGUCUCUAUUAUUUUCGGAGUUUUACUAUUUAUUGGGCUGCUUCUGGGGCUUCUCAUCUUUCGGCGAAAGCAGGGUCGUCGGAGACAAGCACAGCCAGAUUACAGUACUUCAGGCUUUGAUCGAGAGAAGGUCUGGUUGAAGCCUUAUGUAGACCUGCAACCAUACGAUGAUCCCAGCAGAGGGGUGCUGGAAUUCACUAAGGAGCUGGACUUCUGUUGUGUCACUAUGGAGAAUGUGAUUGGAGAGGGGGAGUUUGGGGAGGUCUAUCGUGGGUCCCUGCGGCUCCCAGGGAAAGAACGUAUCGUGGUUGCCAUCAAGACCCUGAAGUCAACAUAUUCAGACUCACAGUGGUGGAACUUUUUGCGUGAGGCAACAAUUAUGGGGCAAUUCAAUCACCCGAACAUUGUGCGUCUGGAAGGAGUUGUCACCAAAAGGAGGCCAAUGAUGAUCAUCACUGAGUAUAUGGAGAAUGGAGCACUGGAUACCUUCCUCCGGGAUAAUGAGGAAAAAUUUAGCCCUGUGCAGCUUGUAAGCAUGCUGCAGGGAAUAGCCUCUGGCAUGACCUACCUUUCAGAACACAACUAUGUGCACCGGGAUCUGGCUGCUCGCAACAUCCUGGUAACACGCAGUCUUCAAUGCAAGGUGUCUGACUUUGGUCUCUCCCGAAUAUUGGAGAAUGAUGCAGAAGGAACCUAUGAAACCAAGGGUGGUAAGAUUCCCAUCCGAUGGACAGCCCCAGAGGCCAUUGCUCAUCGGAUUUUCACCUCAGCCAGUGACGUCUGGAGCUUUGGAAUUGUCAUGUGGGAGGUGCUGUCAUUUGGUGACAAGCCAUAUGGGAACAUGACCAAUCAAGAGGUGAUGAAAAGCUUAGAGGAUGGGUACCGGCUCCCUCCCCCUGUGGACUGCCCAUCUAUCCUCUACGAGCUCAUGAAGAGCUGUUGGUCACACGAUCGGAUGAGGAGGCCUCAUUUCCAGGAAAUCCGGGCACAGCUGCAACAUUUCAUCUCAACUCCCCAGCUCCUCCGGCCUGUUGCGGACUUUGAUCCCAGGGUAACACUCCGUCUUCCCAGCUGCAGUGGAUCUGAUGGGAUCCCCUAUCGCUCCAUCCCCGAGUGGCUGGAAUCCAUUCGCAUGAAGCGCUACAUCUCCAACUUUCGCACUGCUGGCCUGGACACCAUGGAAUCUAUUCUGGAGCUCACUGCUGAGGACUUGAAACAGAUGGGAGUGUCACUUCCAGGCCACCAGAAGAGGAUCCUGUGUAGCAUCCAAGGCUUUAAGGAGUGA